AUGAUUCUGACGACGACAGUCCCUCCGAAAAUCGAAGAAAUCGUUGAAGUCGAGAAAGUCGAAGCGAUGUGCUCACCGAACUUCCAGAAGUUCCUCAACGUCUACUCCGUCGUGGCUCUCGGGGCCUGUUCCGUGUUGUACAGCGCUCUGACCAUCGUUCUUCUCAACCACUCCAAGUCUUUCCAUCCACUCUUCACGUGAGUUUUUCCAAUUCACUUUUUUAUCUCGAAAUUCAUAUUUUUUUUUGAAAUAUAAAAGUGAGAAACGUAUCAUCGUUUGCUUAGGAAUCUACUGUCGAUGUUAAAAAAUGAUGUUCGAAAUGCUGGCUCAUCUGCGCUUUUUUUGAAACUCAACGACCCAGUUAUUGAAAAAUGAAAAGAGCAGAUAAUCGAAGCCGAGAGAAAAGAGGGUUUAGACAUGCCAGGCUGUUUCGAUUCGUGAAAAAUAAGACUUAUCAGACGGCUUUUUUUAAAGGAAUAAAUACGCUUUGCGGGCAGUUGGAACUUGUUUCGCUCGAUUUUUUGAGCUUGAAGCUCUUCAUUUUAUACGUUUUUUUAUUAAUUCGGACACCUCUGUUUUUUAAGGAAAACGCCAAAGGUUCAAAACCUACCGUACUUCCCGCCUAGUCUAUCUCAAUGUAAUUUCCUUCCACUUCUUUUUCUAUCUGAGUAAUGAUCCCGGGAAAACAGCUCUUAUUCCUUCUCUUCCUGGUUUCUGAACAGCGAAAGCAAUUUGAGAAUAACACGCACUAUUGUUUUGGUUUUUUGGUUCAGAGACUUUAUAUUUCGAAGAGUUUGAAAUAUUCAAUGAGAUCCAAUUUCAGACUUGGGUAAUUUUAACAAUUGAAGCAGAGCCACCCAUAAUGAAUGGCGGAACUUUAUAAAACUCUUGGUUUUUUUGCCCGAGGCAGACAAUAGCUUCAUCUUACUAUCAAUUAGCAAAAAAGUCAGUUCGCUCUCUGAUUUGUUUAUCUCGUCAUUAGGGGCGGGGCUUGAGCGACGACGACAUUCUAAAUGUGAACAGACUGUACAACAAGGAAGGAAAAAAAAACGGGAAUUACCAAAAUUCUGGAAGAAAGAAAAACAUAUCAACUCGUCUUAUCUUUCUGUUAGGCCCCAGCUUGCGCUUCAAAAAAAAAAACGAGCCCUGCUUCUGAUUUUGUGAACUUGGAAGCUCGAGGAAUGACUAGGUGCUUAGCGGUUGUGAUAUGGGUUUUUUAAGAUGCGCCCGAACAAAAACGGUUUACGCCAUCUAGUAUUGAUAAGUAUGAAAUUCUGCUGAUAUUCACGGAUCUAUAAAAAAUAGAAAAUAGUUCUACUUUUUCAGAGUUUCUUUCACAAUCUUCGUGGUAACCUAUGCCCUCUCGAACAUCCUGGCGUUUCUGGAGACCGUUUUGAUAAUGUUCGAAGGCCCUGAAAACGUCUUCAACAUCAUGGACUUCAUCUACACCUGUGUUUCAUUUUACAUGCAGCCUCUUGGUUUGAUUUCCAGGUUAUUGAUGGGAAAAAUGAGCAAAUUUCAGUGGUUUUGAGCUUGUUGGAGCGGAUUUUGGCCACCGCAAGAGUUUCAACCUACGAAAAUUCCCGUCACUGGAUCGCCUACGCUUGCGGCCAAAUUAUUUGUGUAUGAUUUUCAUUUUUUUUUUCUUGGUUCAAAAAAUCCUUGCUGUGAGUUUGAAGGAGCAUAGACAUGGUCUAAAGACAAAAAUAUCGUUUCAAUUUCUAUUUUAGACCUUGAAAACUUCUUCGAAACCCUUAAAAAGGAAAUUUUUGUGAAUUUCUCCAUUUCAAAUAUUUCAGGUAGUUUUUGUAUACUUUGAAUACACCGAGUUCAGUGGAAUUUCCGAAAUCCGACAAUACAUCACCCUCACUUUAUCGACGGUUAUCACUUUGGUAAUUUCCCUUUAUAUAUUUCAUAUUGAUGAUAAUUUCAGUGUCUCCUUGCUCUUUUAUGGAUCAACAGCCGUCUGACUGUACUGGCUAUGGCCAAGGAAAACUUGACGACGAGAUAUCAAUUGGCGGAAAAUAUCAAGGCGUUGAGGUCAAUCUAAUUGAACUGAAAAAGUUUAACUCAGAAUUUCAGAACUUAUAUUCCAUUUAUCGCAAUCGACAACAUUGUUUCCGUGACAUUUGGUCUGAGCAACAAAUUCCUGAAUGUUGAUUAUAUUUUCGAUGAAGAGACCUGCUUGAAACAACCCUCGUAUUUGACCUUAUUCUUCAUUUUCAGAACGGUAACUUUUUAUUACUUCGCAUUUUAACUUGCUUUAAUCGUUUUUCUUAAAAACCACUUCGAAACUCAACUUUUUAUGCAUAAAUUCAUGUAUUUUUCGAAUUAGCUCUUCUUUUCUUUGUCUUGAGUUUCUUUUGAAGUUUACAAGGUUAUUUGGUUUUUCUAGAGCCUUCUUUGUUGUUUCAAAUAAGAUUUACUAUAUCGAGUUUCAGCCUUUUUGAACGUUUUAUUUCAAAUUUUUUUGAAUAUUUUUUUCAACUGAAAAAUUUCUUUUCAUUUCUAUUUUUUUAUUACAUGAUAAGAUCACUUAUGGGAUCAAAAUCUUCAUUAUUUUCAGUACAUCAUCCUCGCUCAGCUGGUGAUGCCGGCCACCGUCGUUUGGUACCACGAAACCUUGAGAGCCAAAUUUUUCGCCAUUUUUCGUAAAAUCUCGGGAGUGGCGCCGGCUGUCGUCCUAGGCACUGUUAAAGUGAGUCCAAGCGCUUUUUUUCGAACACUUGUUCAAUUUUCAGAUUCGCAACGUGUUAGGCAAAGAAAUCGCGACCUCCGUGUCACAAAACGACUACUUCAAUCAACUGCAAAACCAAUGGCACUAA